UAUAGGAGUACUGGAUUAGUAAGGGCCAUUGCCAAGAACGGUCAUCGGUCGUUUACAGGUUUUCUAUUUAUCAUAUCCUUGAUUUCUUAAAUGAUAAAAAAAAUUAAUGAUGAUGCAAUAAAUCUCGACCCGACUGCAUACCUUGGUUCGCUUAACCGAGAUGUUCAAACAGCAUUUUCUUCCCUAUUCAUAUUUCUACGUGAUCCAGAUGUCCCACCCGAAUAUCCUAGUGUUACUGAUGCAUUAAAGCACCGAUACCAAAAUCAUUUCGACUACACGUAUGUGGCAGAAGAGGACUAUACAAAGUGAAUCCAUUUGCCAUGGCCUACUAUUACGUCGUUGCCAUUCUUGCCCAGGUAUUAAGGAUUUCCGCAACUGCCGCUGCGGAAACUGUCCCCGCCGUUACAGAUAACUCGACAAUGACUUUUGCUAGUACGGUAGCAUCCCAGCCAUUAUUAACGGUGAACACAGCCGUUCCUAACAUAUUGCCGAGUGUGUCAGCUAUUCCGCCACCUGCUUCUGUCAUCAGAGCCGUUGCGCACUGUUACAGUGACGAAUUUCUUUGCCGAAAGGAGAACCGUUGUGUGCCGCACUUGGUGGUAUGCAACGGUGUGCAGGAGUGCCAGGAUGGCUCCGAUGAGGCCAACUGCACCGACUGCCUUCCCAACUUCCGCUGCUGGUCAGGAGCAUGUGUUCCCUCUGGGCUUGUGUGCGAUGGUGUAGAAGACUGCAGCGAUGGAUCCGAUGAGCGCGACUGUUCACAAAGCGUCUGCCACGCGGCGGGAAUGUUCAAAUGUGUUACGGGAUACUGUCUGGAAAACGAUAACCGCUGUGAUGGAGUAGGCGACUGCUUUGUCAUGGGCUUGCCAGUUGACGAGUUAAACUGCAUUGAAACGGAUAACACUUGUACUAGUCCCAAUCAAUUUACCUGCCAUCAGAGCCUACGGUGUAUUCCACUGCACUGGAGGUGCAAUGGACGAAUUGACUGUCUCAGUCAUGAGGACGAAAUUAACUGUCAGUGCGAUGCCGGAAAGUUUUCUUGUAAAGGUGGUGGCGGUUGCAUUGAUGCGAGAUUGCGCUGCAACGGAGUGGCGGACUGCCCUGAUGGAUACAGCGAUGAAAAAGACUGCUUCCAGCUACAAUACUCUGGAUUAGUGCAGGCACGAAUGCUGGAUACCGAAUGGCACACUCUCUGCACCCACGGAUGGAAUCUUCGAGCGGCUAAUAAAAUUUGCCAACAACUUGGAUACCGACCGGCCGUGGCAGUGUUCGCUCUUCCCGCUCCAGCCACCGAAACCGGCAACACUUUCUCGAUGAAACCGGACUUCAAUGCGACGCUGCCCGUGCUGCAGCAGCUUCUCAUCUCCUCACCUGACACCUGCUCCGAUCCCACUUCCCGAGCCGGAAUUACAUGCGAGAGGCUCCGGUGCCAAAUCGCCAGUGAUCCCGGUGUCGGCAAUCAGCUCAAAUUGCAGUCGGCUAUUGUGAAGAUUAUGUUCGACGGUGAUGCAUUCACGGUGUGCAAUGGAUACCUGGUGGCACCAAUCUGGAUUCUGACGUCGGCCAGCUGUUUGCAAAAUAGACCGGCCAGCACAAUAAAAUUGACCUUUUAUGCCAACUCUUUCCACACCAGCGUGAGCGCGGUGUUUUUCCAUCCUAACCAUCUGACUGUGCGCAUGCUGCAUAAUUACGAUUUUACUCUGUUGAAACUGGCUAGCGUAGUCCCGGCCAACUUGGUUCCCAUUUGUUUGCCGUCCAGUGCUAUUCCGUCCUUGUGCAAACUGGUGAAGCUUUACGAUAACAGUACCGUGGUGGCAUCACAGCUGCAGCGCGCGGCCGAUAUCGAUUGUAAUUCGAGGCGGAAUUUUGUCGGACUGGUCAGCGGAAGUAUGGAGUGCUGGCGGAGCUCGCUGUCUGUGUGUGACGAGGACGCCGUGUCGCCGAUGAUCUGCCAAAGCACACUGGGUGCAUGGGAAAUCCGCGGCUUCCUCAGCUACCAGCACAAAUGCGGCAACUUCAGCCCCAAACCCCUGGUCUUUGCCAAUCUGACCUACGCCGUCGACUGGAUGCGGGAUCUCAUCGGACCGGCGCUGUCCACUGUGGCGCGCACCAAUGAAUCGGUAUUCUAUGCCUACAAGGAACCCUUUUCGUUUGAAUCCCAUACUGCAGUCAAUACGACCGCCCAUGAGCUGCCGACUACCAGUACACCGCUGCGACGACUGUCCCGACGACCGUGGCAUCAAUAA